CUCAUUUUCAAAGGGCCUUUUCCACACACACACACACACACACACACACACACACACACACACACACACACUUGGGCAACCCACUGUUAUCUUCGCCAGUUUCACACCGUCUUUCGUUCCCCCUCCCUUUUACGCGGCUGUUUCUGGACUACAUGGCACAUACACAAAUCUUUCCCCCCCGCCACACACCCUCUCUCCCUUUCACACUCUUGAUUUUUUUUUUCCCCCCUCCCUUCCAGCUCCACACAGUCGCUCCCUCCCAGUCCUCAUCUGCGCCUCAGCCGAGUAGCACGCUGCAGCCAGAGAGGACGCCAAACGGAGAAGGGCCAGCGCCUCCAGAAAGGGAACCCGCGAGAGGCUCACUCAUGCCGUCCUGAGAGGAUGUGAGGGAAGCCCCGGGUGGGUGUGUGGGGGUGGGGAGGAAGCGCUGGCAUCUCCAUCCGUUCAUCUGUGCAUCAAUCACACCCAAGCCGAACUUCUGCGGGGUGACCCCCCGCUUGCCGCCCCUGGGAGGCGCGCACCCAUGUGGGAGGAGGCACUGUGGAGCCGCGGUCGCUACCUGCUGGAGAAGAGCGAUGGGGCCGAGGGCGGCGAGGGGCCCGACGGCCCCGGCGCGGAGGGCUGCCCGGGCUUCCAGGGGGUCGAGGCGUGCGCGGAGGGCGAGAAGCGGCAGGACUGGCUGUACGAUUCCUAUUCCAGGAUGAGCCAGCAGCAUCCGCUCAUCGUCUUCCUGCUGCUCAUCGUCAUGGGAACCUGCGUGGCACUGCUGGUGGUCUUCUUUGCCUCGGGGCUGAAUACCGAGGACCAUCUGACCUUUCUAAUCACGGUGCCCACGGCCCUUUUCCUCUUCUUGUCCAUCUUCAUUCUCGUCUGCAUCGAGUCCAUUUUCAAGCGUAUGCUCCGCCUCUUCUCCCUCCUUAUAUGGGCAUGUCUGGUCACCAUGGGUUACCUGUUCAUGUUUUCCGGAGGGAUCCUCAGUCCCUGGGACCAGGUCUCCUUCUUCCUGUUCAUUGUGUUUGUCGUCUACACCAUGCUGCCUUUCUCCAUGCGAGGAGCCAUCAUGGCCAGCGCCGUCACUUGCUUGUCACACACCCUCACCCUUAGCGUCUGCUUGGCUUCCGUCGCCAAGGACUCGGAAGCUCUCGUCUGGCAGAUCCUGGCCAACGUGAUUAUCUUCACCUGCGGUAACUUGGCGGGGGCGUACCACAAGCACCUGAUGGACCUGGCGCUCAAGCAGACCUACCAGGACACCUGUAACUGCAUCAAGUCCCCCAUCAAGCUGGAGUUUGAGAAGCACCAGCAGGAACGUUUGCUCCUGUCCCUGUUGCCGUCUCACAUCGCCAGAGUGAUGAAAGCCGAGAUCAUCCAGCGGCUUCAGGGCCCAAAGUUCGGUCGCACCGAGAACACCAACAACUUCCACAAUCUGUACGUGCAGCGGCACACCAACGUCAGUAUUCUUUACGCUGACAUCGUGGGCUUCACCAGGCUGGCCAGCGAUUGCGCACCGGGGGAGCUCGUGCACAUGCUCAACGAACUUUUUGGAAAGUUUGACCAGAUUGCAAAGGAAAACGAGUGCAUGCGAAUCAAGAUCCUGGGGGAUUGUUAUUAUUGCGUGUCUGGUCUGCCGGAAUCUCUGCCUCACCACGCCAGGAAUUGUGUGAAGAUGGGCUUGGAUAUGUGUGAGGCCAUCAAGAAAGUUCGAGAUGCCACCAGGGUGGACAUCAACAUGCGUGUCGGCGUUCACUCCGGGAACGUCCUGUGCGGCGUGAUCGGCCUCCGCAAGUGGCAAUACGACGUGUGGUCGCAUGACGUGACGCUCGCCAAUCACAUGGAGGCGGGAGGUGUGCCGGGGAGGGUGCACAUCUCGUCAGUGACUCUGGAGUACCUGAAGGGCUCCUACAAGGUGGAGCCAGGGGACGGACAGAGUCGAGACUCGUACCUGAAAGAACACGGCGUGGUCACCUUCCUGGUCAUCAACCCCAAGACCGCCAAGCACAGCCCUCUGCUGGGCUUGCGCUCUCGCCCGUCUCUGGAUGGCGGCAAGAUGAGGGCGUCCGUCCGCAUGACCCGCUACCUGGAGUCGUGGGGCGCCGCCAAGCCCUUCGCCAACCUCCACCACCGCGACAGCAUGAGCACGGACAACGGCAAGAUCAACACCACGGACGUUCCGAUGGGGCAGUACCACUUCCAGCGACGGGAAAGAUCCAAGUCGCAGAGGAGGAGGUUUGAGGAAGAACUCAACGAGCGGAUGAUUCGCACCAUCGACGGCAUCAACUCGCAGAAACAGUGGCUGAAGUCAGAGGACAUCCAGAGGAUCUCGUUGUUCUUUCACAACAAAGCCCUGGAGGCAGAGUACAGAUCCACAACCUUACCUGCGUUCAAGUACUACAUCACGUGCGCCUGCCUCAUUUUCUCCUGCAUCUUCAUCGUGCAAGUCCUCGUCUUGCCCAAAACUGCUGUGCUGGGGAUAUCCUUCGGCCUGGCCUUCCUGCUUUUGGCACUGAUCCUGGUUCUUUGCUUUGCUGGUCACGUUCUGCAAGGACGGAAGGGGCCGGUGUGCUCUUUCCCCUGGUGGAAGGCUUCCUCCCGCAUCAUCGUCACCAACAAUCCUUGGCUGCGACUGGUCCUCACCAUGACGACCACCGCCCUGAUCCUCGUGAUGGCCGUCUUCAACAUGUUCUUUGUGGAGGAUCCUGGGAAAUCCAUGCAGGAAGUCUCCGCAGUGGGUUCCCCUGAAGCGAUGGCAAGUGCCCCCCCUGCCAAUCUAACAAAUGGCACCGCGCCCAUGCCGGACGACCAGGCUCAAUCAGCGGGCGAAAGCCGUUUUUAUCUCCCGUACUUCAUCUACUGCUGCAUUCUGGGCUUGGUGUCGUGCUCGGUUUUCCUGAGGAUCAACUACGAGCUGAAGAUGGUGGUGAUGCUGGUGGCCUUGGUGAUCUACAACAUCAUCAUCCUGCAGACGCACGCCUCGCUGCUCGACGGCUUCAGCAAAGCUCUGUACAGCACUCAGGCGCUGGACCGACCGGGAAUUCUGAAGGACCUCAAGACGAUGGGCUCUGUGUCGCUCUUCAUCUUCUUCAUCACUCUGCUGGUCUUGGCUCGCCAGAAUGAAUAUUACUGUAGGUUGGACUUCCUGUGGAGGGACAAGUUCAAGCGGGAGUGCGAGGAAAUCGAAACGAUGGAGAAUCUCAACCGAGUCCUGUUGGAGAACGUCCUGCCCGCCCACGUGGCCGAACACUUCCUGGGACGCAACUGGAAGAAUGAGGACCUUUAUCAUCAGUCGUACGACUCCGUGUGCGUGAUGUUCGCCUCCAUCCCGGACUUCAAGGAGUUUUACACCGAGUCGGAUGUCAACAAGGAAGGACUCGAAUGCCUCCGUCUCCUCAAUGAGAUCAUCGCCGAUUUUGAUGAGCUGCUUUCAAAGCCAAAGUUCAGCGGCGUGGAGAAGAUCAAGACCAUCGGGAGUACCUACAUGGCGGCCACCGGACUCAACUUGACGCCAGGACCGGAGUGCGCGCAGGAACAUGACAGACAGUACACGCACGUCGGCACCAUGGUGGAGUUUGCCUUCGCUCUGGUCGGGAAACUCGACGUCAUCAACAAACAUUCUUUCAAUGACUUCCGGCUGCGAAUAGGGAUAAAUCAUGGACCGGUCAUUGCGGGGGUCAUCGGGGCACAGAAGCCUCAGUAUGACAUCUGGGGAAACAGUGUGAAUGUGGCAAGUAGGAUGGAGACCACGGGUGUUCUGGGCAAAAUCCAGGUGACGGAGGAGACGAGCGAAAUCUUAUCCACGCUGGGCUACAUGUGCUCAUGUCGAGGCAUCAUCAACGUGAAGGGCAAAGGGGAAUUGAAGACCUACUUUGUCCACACCGAGAUGACCCGAUCCCUGUCACAAAGCACCAUCAUGCCUUGAGUGCUCAGUUGGAGGGACAGAGGGGGGGGGGGUGGAAAAAUACAUCAAAAA